CAGACGUUCAGAUGAAAGUUUAUGACUAACUUCAGACCUAUGGACUAAAAAGGGGGGAGAAAGGGGGACAACAGCAGAGAGUGACCGUGUGGAUAGAAGUCUUUAGUGUAACUCACCACAAUGUACCUUACUGUGCUCUGUCUUACUGUAAGCAUCUGCUGCUGUCAUACAGCAUCGGUGUUUCUAGAACGGGAACAAGCCAAUGGCCUGCUGACAAGGUCCAAACGGGCCAACUCUGGCUGGAGGAACUGGCUGGAGGAGCUGAAACUGGGAAACCUGGAGCGGGAGUGUCUGGAGGAGAAGUGCUCAUACGAGGAAGCACGAGAAGUGUUUGAACACAAACAAGCCACGGAUGAGUUCUGGAAAAACUACAAUGUUCAAGAUGCCUGCCAAUCGAACCCAUGUCACAACAACGGGACCUGUUCCAGCUCGUCAUCCUCCUACACCUGCCUCUGUCUGCCGGGCUUCAUCGGACGCAACUGCGAACUUGAGAUUAAGGCCGUUCCUGACUCCUGCUUGCAUCAGAAUGGGGGGUGUGACCACUUCUGCGAGGAGGAAGGGGGAAGGCGUAACUGCUCGUGUGCUGAGGGUUACUCCCUGGAACCGGAUGGGCAACACUGCUUGUCACAUGAGGACAUAGCUUGUGGGAUGGUCCCUCUCCUGCAAAGCAAAGAGAAGGGAGACACACCACUGAACCCUCUGUAUCGUAUCGUGGGAGGGACAGAAUGUCCUGAGGGCCACUGCCCCUGGCAGGUUUUGCUGAUGACUAAAGGAAAGGGCUUCUGUGGAGGAAUAUUUUACAAACCUACCUGGAUCCUCACCGCCUCCCACUGCGUGGUGAAUUUGAAGGCCGAGGCCCUGACCGUGGUUGCAGGUGAACACGACUUAGACGUGGUGAAGGGCACCGAGCAGACCGUGCAGGUGGCUGAGAUCCUCAUGCACGCUGACUACGUCCACCUGACGGCGGACAGCGACAUCGCCCUGCUGCGGCUCAGCAAGCCCGUCGUCUUCACGCCCUACGCCGUGCCCGUGUGCCUGCCUACUCGCUCCCUGGCGGAGCGCGAGCUCUGGGCCAUCAGCAUGCACACGGUGAGCGGCUGGGGCAGGGUGGGAGAGAUGGGCCCCACCUCCAACGUCCUCCGCAGGCUGGACGUGCCCCGCAUGCGCACCCAGGAGUGCGUGGAGCACAGUGGCGUGACGUUGACCAAGAACAUGUUUUGCGCCGGCUACACCGACAGCAAAGGGGACUCCUGUAAGGGGGACAGUGGUGGCCCGCUGGUCACGCGCUACAGGAAGACUGUGUUCCUGCUGGGGAUCGUCAGCUGGGGCAAGGGGUGCGCCCGGCCAGGGAAUUAUGGUAUUUACACCAGGGUGUCCAACUACCUGGAAUGGAUUCACAAUGUUACAGCAACAGUGCAACCGCAGAAAAUCACUGCAGCGACAUAAAAAAAAUACAAAAGUUGUAUUUAAAACUACAAGAGGAGUUGUGAUUAUUUAUACUGACGAUGGUGCUUCUGCUGCACUGUUAAAUGUGAUCUCUUUCUCAUAAUUAAUACAUAAUUUACCUUUCCCAUGGGGUUGUAUGAAAUUAUAAUGAC